AUGUCUAUAAAGGAUUCGACGAAUUCGACAAAUGAGAGCGUACUCGAAAGUCAAUCCCCGACCCGCUUGGAUGAAACAAUCCCGAUCACAUCUCGGGAUGCUGAGAAAGACGAAACCCCACAGCGAGAGAUUCAAGGCAUUCGCUGGCUGCUCAUCUGCAUUGCUGUCUUCUCUGCCAAUCUGCUCUAUGGCUUAGACAAUACUAUCGUGGCCGACAUCCAGGGAGCUGUUGCGGGCGCUUUCGACGAGUAUUCCCGGCUGGGCUGGCUCGGUGUGGGCUUCACCUUGGGAUCGGUCGUUUUUAUUCUCCCGCUAGGAAAAGCCUAUGCCAUCUUCGAUACCAAAUGGCUCUUUCUCGGCUGUUUGACCAUGUUUGCCGCCGGCAGUGCCCUCUGCGGAGCAGCUCCCAGCAUGAAUGCCAUCAUUAUUGGGCGCGUGUGGGCGGGAGCUGGUGGAGCGGGCAUGUAUUUGGGAAAUCUGAAUCUGAUCACCAUCCUAACCACUCCCAAGGAACAGCCCGUGUAUGUGGCCCUGGUUGGAUUGAUCUAUGGUACCGGCUGUAUCCUGGGUCCCAUCAUUGGAGGUGCCUUUUCUGAUAGUGCGGCCACCUGGAGAUGGGCAUUCUAUCUCAACCUGGUCAUCUUUGGGGUCAUGUCACCCGUUUAUCUCUUUCUCUUGCCCUCCUUGCCGCGCCCGGCGGGUGAGGGCCGCAGCUUCAUCAAGAAGCUCGUGGAGCUGGACUGGGUGGGCACGGUUCUGUCUGCGGGCAUGCAUGUCGCCAUAAUUUUGUUCAUCGUCUUUGGCGGAGUCGAAUGGCCCUGGACGGAUGGGCGAAAUGUUGCGUUAUACGUAGUCUCCGCCGCCUUGGUUGUGGCCUUCGUGCUGAGCCAGUACUAUUGUAUUGGAACCAACACAGACGAGCGAUUGUUCCCUGGUGAGUUCUUGAAGGACCCUACGAUGAUCCUCCUCUACAUCCUGAUGGCCUGUGGUGGUGCCGCCCUCUUUGUGGCGGUCUACUAUAUCCCACUCUACUUCCAGUUCGUUCACGGUGACUCCGGCAUUAUGUCAGCGGUGCGGCUGUUGCCAUUCAUCUGCUUUUACGUGGCGACGAUCCUGCUCUGUGGGUGGCUCAUGCCCAAGACCGGCUACUUUAUCCUCUGGUACCUCGCAAGCGGCAUCCUUAUGCUCAUUGGAUCCGUCUUGAUGUACACUGUGCACUUCGAUACCAGCGCCGCCAAAGUCUACGGGUACUCCAUCCUAAUGGGUCUAGGCAUGACCACCACGCAGGCUGCCUAUGCGGUGGGACCGGCCCUGGUGACUCCAGACCGGGUGGCCGAGUGCAUUCAGUUCAUGAACAUCGGCCAAGGUCAGAGUCAACUGCUGGGGUUGGCCAUCGCAAGUGCCAUUUUCCAGAGCAAGACACUUAGCGGGCUCAACGACCUGUUGGGGAGCAGGGGUUAUUCCCAAACGGAAAUCGAAGGUGCCGUCGCCGGCGCCCAGAGUACCCUAUUGGAGCAGCUGCCACCGGCUUUGAAAGUGCAAGCACUGUCGGUGAUUGUGGAUGCGAUCGAUGCUGUCUACGUGAUGGCGGUUGCGGCAGGGGCCUUGUACGUGGUUGCAUCCUGCAUGCUGCCUCGUCGUCGGUUCUAG